AUGCUUGUGACAAAAGUAGAGCAGAGCGAAGUACGACAGCUCGUAGACGCUUUUAAAUCUGAAGGCUCAUUUGAUAAACUAAGGAAAAAAAUUUUCUCCACAAUCGCUGCUACUGAUCGUUAUCAAAAAGUGGCGUUAAAUGCUGAAGAAAUUGUUGGCGAUUUAUUAGAGACAUCUGCACCAGAUCUCACAAAAAAUAAAGCGCUCGAUAUACUCAGGAAGAAGCUUCUUGCCCUUUACAGUGCACAGUAUGGAAUUAUGAUCACUGAGGGAUUGGAUGCCGGUGAAACAUUAUGUAGCUUACUGGAAGAGAUCGGCCACUAUGUUGAUUCAUUUCUUGGGCUAACAAAAAAGGAAUUGCUUGAAAAUGUUCAAGCGCAGCAGCCCGCUGAGGAUCAUGAAGUUUGUGAUAUGGAAAUAGAUUCGGAUUCCGAGCAAAGCCCUGAAACCAGUUCAACCAAAGAGAUUCCUUUAUCUGAUAUAGCUCUUCCAUCAGCUACUUAUCCAAAUUCAAAUUUGUCCUUCACAAUGUCAUAUCCUCAUGCGGCGCUUGCUAAGGCUUGUGUAAUUUUGCUGUUUAAUAUCCGUUCAUUGGAACGUAUAUUUUUCUGA